GAGCGGCUAGCCAAUGGGAAGCGGCUGGAGGAAGAGACAGCCAAUCGGCUGCGGGUCCGCUGUGCCCAAUGGCCGUGCUGCGCGGCCGGAUGCAGUCAGCACGCGGGGCGGGAGCGGCAGCGGGCGCCGGGGCUGAGCCGGCCCGGCCAUGGAGCUGCUGCCCCGGAGCCCCGCGGAGUUCGGCUCAGCCCGGUACUGGGAGCGGUUCUUCCGGCAGCGCGGGCAGCGGCCCUUCGAGUGGUACGGGGCCUUCCCGGAGCUCUGCCCCGUCCUGCACAAGUACGUCCGGCCCCGCGACAAGGUUCUGGUGGUGGGCUGCGGGAACUCGGAGCUGAGUGAGCAGAUGUAUGACACGGGGAUGUGUGAGGACAUCAUCAACAUCGACAUCAGCGAUGCCGUGAUCCGUCAGAUGCAAGAGCGGAGUGGGAGCAAGAGGCCAAAGAUGAGCUACCUGCUGAUGGACAUGCUUCAGAUGGACUUCCCUGAUGCCCACUUCCAGGUGGUCCUGGACAAAGGCACGCUGGAUGCCAUCCUCACUGAUGAAGAGGAGGCCACUAUAGCCAAGGUGGACAAGAUGUUUGCUGAGAUCAGCCGGGUCCUGCAGGUGGGAGGGCGCUACCUCACUGUCUCCUUGGCUCAAGCCCAUGUGCUGAAGAAAGCGGUGGAGUAUUUCUCCCGGGAAGGCUGGGUUGUGCGUGUCCAUCAGGUGGCCAGCAGCGGGGACAAGCAGCAGUUUGUCCUACCUGUCUUUGUCUAUGUCAUGACAAAGUUCAGGAAGAUCCCUGGCUCGGCACCGCAGAUCCUGGAGAUCUGCCCCGAGGAGCAGGACAAGCCGAUGCGGGUGGAGAGUGCAGAACAGCUGGUGGCAGCGGUGAAGGACAGGCAGCAUUAUGCGCUGCUUUGCAGCCAGCUGAGCAAAACCCCCUGUGGGGAGCAGGUUUCCCUGGAUCUGUGCAACAAAGAGAGUGGACAACCUCGCUACACGCUGCACGUGGUCGACAGCCCCUCAGUGAAACCUUCCCGGGACAAUCACUUUGCCAUCUUCAUCAUCCCACAGGGCAGAGAAACUGAGUGGCUCUUUGGGACAGAGGAAGGGCGGAGGCAGCUGGCCGCCAGCGCGGGCUUCAGGCGCCUGGUCACCGUGGCCCUGCACAGGGAGCAGCACUACGAGGGCAUGGCGGGCAUCCAGGCGGAGCUGUCAGGGAAGGUGAUGGAGCUGGCCCCGCCGGGCCUCCCUGCCUGGCAGAAGCUGGCUGCCUUUGCUCAGAGAGAGGAUUUUGGGGAAUUGCAUGGCAGGAUUCAAUGUGAAGUCCUUGUGCUCCAAAAUGCAGCAUCCCAAGAAAACCAGGCAUCCCAAAACCCUGAGAGCAUCCAGCCCCUUCUUAAUUCAGGCCAUAACUUUUCCUGCCCCUUCUGCCUCUUUCCUGCCCCAUCUCCUCAAACCUCAACCCUUGCAAGAAGUUUUGGGUGUUUGCUCCCUGUACCCUAUCAUACAUGUACCGGGAGGGAACUUGGUGUCCUGUGUGCUGGUCCCCAGCUGCCCUCUGGCUGCCUACAGCACAUGGUCAGGGCAGCGGGAGCUCCAGGCUCUGUUCCUGUAGCCUUUCCUUCCUCACACCAGUCCCCAUCUGCCCUGCAGGUGCCCUUCCUGUCCGUGGGAGGGGACAUUGGGGUGCGGACGGUGCAGCACCGUGACACCAGCCCCCUUAGCGGGGAAUACGUUGUAGAGGAUGUGAAGGGUGACGGCACCUUCUACUUCCGACGCCUCAUCUUCCUCCGCAACAGGAACGUGGUGCAGUCAGAAGCUCGGCUCCUGGCCCCCGCACCUCUCCCAGGCCAGAGAAAACGGAGGAAGGACAAGAAGAAACCCAGCCCUGCUGAGCCACCUGCAGCCAUUGACAAGAGCUACCUGUGCUGCGAGCACCACAAGGCCAUGGUUGCGGGGCUCUGCCUGCUGGGGGGACCUGACCCCCUCCCAGGAACGCCAUUGGCGGUACUGGUGGUGGGGCUCGGUGGGGGCAGCCUACCCCUCUUUGUCCACGACUACUUCUCGCAGGCCCAAGUGGCCGUGGUGGAGAUUGACCCCUCCAUGCUGGAGGUGGCCACGUGCUGGUUCGGCUUCUCCCAGGGUGACCGGAUGCAGGUGCACAUCUCCGAUGGCCUGGACUACGUGGCCAAGCUGGCAGCUGAAGCGCCGGCCCAGUACGAUGCCAUCAUGUUUGAUGUGGACAGCAAGGACCUCACGGUGGGCAUGAGCUGCCCACCCCCAGCCUUUGUGGAAAAGGGUUUUCUGCAGAAAGUUAAAACCAUCCUCAAGCCAGAAGGAGUCUUCGUGCUCAACUUGGUGUGCCGAGACACGCGGCUGAAGGAGUCCGUCCUGGCCACCCUCAGGGAGGUCUUCCUGCUGCUCUACACACGCCGCAUUGAAGGGGAGGUCAAUGAGAUCCUCUUCUGUCAGCCCAACCCUGCGGGCCGGUGGGACCCCACAGAGCUGGGGGCACGUGCCCAGGCACUGGAGGGGGCCCUGCGGCAGUCUGGCCGCCCCUGGGACAGCUCAUAUGUGCUGGCAGACAUGCUGCAGGCCGUCAGGAUCCUCUGACAGUGGCCUUGGUGCUGCUUGAAAGACAGGUGUCCCCACAUGUGUGCUGCGGCCCCACACUAAGGGGUUCCUGUGGCUGGGAUUGCCACCCCUGGGGAGGUGGUGGUAGCCUGGGUCUGCCUGAAGGACAUUAACUGGUGUGGAGAAGUGCUCCCCACAGCAUGGUCCCCCAGGAGGGGGUCUGCAACUGGGCGGGGCUGGGCAGCCCCAGGGGCAGUGUUGGGGUGGUGAGGGGAGGAAGGUGCUGUGGGUCUGGCAGGGCUGUGGGUUUGGCUCGGUCUCUCUUGCUCUGUUGUUGUGGGGAAAAAAAUUGCUCUAGCCUUCCUCUCCAGCAAAGCUCUUUCCCUCUGUGCUCCCCUACCUGUGUUUCCAGUGUCCCUGGUCAGGAGUGUCUGUGCAAAGCCCUUGGCCUGAGCCUGGUUGCAGAUGUGUGUGGGCUGAGCUGUGAAAAUAAAGUUCUCAGGGCUGCUCUAAA